AUGGCCAACCAUGCUGCUGUUAUGUUUUUUGUUAAAGUGCAUGCAGCUAUUAUGAUUUUGUUGAGUGCAAUGCAUGCUGCAGCAAUUAAUUCAAGGAAGAUCCCUAAUUUGUUUGGAGCCAUCAACCUUGAAAUCCUUUGCUUUCAUGGGUGCAAAAGUUUAGUUGAAUUUCCUUGCUUCAAUCAUUUGGCAUCUCUUAAAACACUUCAGCUUCAUGGAUGUCAUAAUCUCAAAAAGUUUCCCAAGGUUCCAAAUGAUGUUUCUUUCUUAAAAUUAGCAGAAACCGAAAUAGAAGAAGUGCCUGAUUCAAUUGAGCAUCUAGUUGGACUUGAAAUGUUGUUGUUGAGAAACUCAUGGGUAAAAAACGAAUCGUGCAACAUUUCAAAGUGGGAAUGCCUUCGUUAUCUGGAUCUUAGCCAUUGCCUAAUUUCGAAAUUCCCAGAAUUCCGAGAAAUGUUACUUGAAAUUCCCAACAUCUCACGUUGUUACUCGGCUUCUGUAUUGGAAGAGGCUCAAAGGCCAACAUUGUUGCCACGGUACUAUUACAGGGCCCACUUUGGUUCGAGAAAGGUUCCAACAAUUGACGUGCCCUCAUCAAGCUUAAGGUUUAAAAGCCUUGGAUAUUUGAAAAUGAAUCAUUGCAAGAUCCUUAAUUCACUCUCAAAGCUUCCACCAUAUCUACGAUACUUGGAUGCACAUGUUUGCACAUCUUUAGAAGAAGUAUGGUUCAGCUUUUUCAAGAUCGAGAUUUACCCAUAA